AAUAGGUUGUUGAUAUUGUAAACAUUUUAAUGCAGUGUUGAGUUAAAGCACUUACAUAGGUGUUUCGUUCCUUAACUUAGGAUAUUUUAUUUGUGUUCCGUAUUAAACUCUUAAGGAUCUUAAUAUUGCAAUGAAGAACUACGAAAAUCAUGAAUUAAAUAACUCCAUAUGAGGUUGUCUGACAAUUGACUUGUUUUCAUUUUGGAAGACAAAUUGUGACUUACUGUCACCAUGGCGGAUAGUAUUACAAUCUUACGGAUGACAUAAUUUACAUACUGUGAUAAUUACAGGUUAUGGUUACCUGAAAGUCUGGUCUAAUUGGCUCUAGAUUGUAAGGUGUUUAAUGUUUAACCUAUGAAAAGUUUGCAUAAAGUUGAAGAAAGUAAGAGCGUGAUAUGGGAUAUAAGGAAUUUUAAGUGGGCUGUUUGAUGCAGCCAAUGAUGGUGAAAACAAUUCUGACACUCAGGAAUGUAUAAACAAACUUGGGCUGACUGUGUAAUCUUCAAUAACAGUUAUGUCUUAACAAUGAAGCCUAGUUGACAUUAAAUGAAGUAAUGUUCAUCUGAAAUAUAUCAACUGAAAUAUUUUCUAAAUAAAGGGUUCAAGGUUCUUAAUGGCAGAAAUUUAGUAGUUAACCAUGUCACUUGGGAGAGGCGAAAGUGGUUACAGUGCUAUAUUUUCGGAGACAAGUCCUACAGUUUCAGUGGUAGAGGUCGGCACAGCCUCCCUGAAUGCAGUGUCCCACCACAAGUACCUGAGAUGUGCCACGUAUGUGAACCCAUUAGUACGGCAGCUGUCCUCAGGGUCCACUGGCAACAUGGUGAUGAAGAGAAACAGCAUCAUAGUUGUGUCUGAUGCCCCAGUAGACAAGGAGGAGGUCAUUGCUGAUGUUUAUGAAGACAAAUUGGAAUCAGAACUGGAAUUUAGUGUUAAAAAUGACAUAGAUAGUGAUCAGGAAGAGUCAGAUACAAGCUCAUAUGAAAGUGAUACUGACACUCUUGUUGAAAGUGAUGAGCAAGAACUCAGUUCACAGGAAGAUGAAGAUCUUACAGAAGCAGGAAGUAAUAUAACAAACAGCAGACACUGCCAAUCUACAGCAGAUGGUGUCAGUGAGACAGAAGAUGUCUGGGUAAUAGAUGAUACUGUGCAUAAACAAUAUACUAGUGAAAAUGUUAAAAUUUAUGCAGAAAAUAUUGUCUGUGACACUGAAAUAAACAUUGAUACUGUUCUACAAAGUCAAACGGGAAAAGUAGAAGAAUUAGAUGAUGUUACAAGUAAUGAUUCCAUUUGUGCAAUAAGUAAUAACUCGCAGACUACAAGUAAUAUGAAUAAUCAAUGUAUCUCAGAAAGUAGGUCUGAACAGUUUUCGUCUGUAAAAAUUGUUGUGGACAAGUGUGACGAUAUUGAACAAACCACAUCUGAUAAUAUAUAUUUAAACUCUGAAACACAGACAGAAAUCAGUACUAGUAAUUUAAUGACUAACAUUCCUGUGAUGAUAGUUGCCAAUGAUCAAGAAGUGCAUGCUUAUGAAUUGAAUUCACCAUCAAAGAGAGAUUUAGGUUCACCGUCAGAGGCAGAAUUAGGUUCACCAUCAGAGACAGAAUUAGGUUCACCAGCAGAGAGAGAAUUAGGUUCACCAUCAGAGAGAGAAUUAGGUUCACCGUCAGAGACAGAAUUAGGUUCACUAUCAGAGACAGAAUUAGGUUCACCAUUAGAGAGAGAAUUAGGUUCACCAUCAGAGACAGAAUUAGGUUCACAAUCAAAGAGAGAAUUAGCUUCACUGUCAGUGAUAGAAUUAGGUUCACCAUCAGAGACAGAAUUAGGUUCACAAUCAGAGAGAGAAUUAGGUUCACCAUCAGAGAGAGAAUUAGGUUCACCGUCAGAGAGAGAAUUAGGUUCACCAUUAGAGAGAGAAUUAGGUUCACCAUUAGAGACAGAAUUAGGUUCACCAUCAGAGGCAGAAUUAGGUUCACCAUCAGAGAGAGAAUUAGGUUCACCAGCAGAGAGAGAAUUAGGUUCACCAUCAGAGACAGAAUUAGGUUCACCAUCAGAGAGAGAAUUAGGUUCACCAUUAAAGAGAGAAUUAGGUUCACUAUCAGAGACAGAAUUAGGUUCACCAUUAAAGAGAGAAUUAGGUUCACUAUCAGAGAGAGAAUUAGGUUCACCAUUAAAGAGAGAAUUAGGUUCACUAUCAGAGACAGAAUUAGGUUCACCAUUAGAGAGAAAAUUAGAUUUACCAGUAGAGACAAGAAACAAAAGGAAUACUUUAACCAAUGUACAUGGAAAAAGCGAUGAUGUAAAAACCACAUCUUCUAAGGUGACAUACAAAUCAACAAGUUUCUUAGUGUUAAGCCCCACUGAGCCUUCGGUAACGUUUUCUGGGGCCACAAGAGAGGAGCCCGAGACCCGGAUGUCUGAGGUACAGGCUGAAACUCAACAAGAAACCCAGUCGAGCCAAGAUGAAGAAAAUGCCCAGAAAGUCAAUGGAACUAGCAAUGCACGUGAGAAUGGGCUGGAGGAGGAAGAGGUAGAGAGAGACCCAGAUAUUUUCCGCGAGACCCGGGACAAGGAGGAGGUUCAUUUUACUGAGAUGAGCAAUGUUCGCCAGAAGUUUGAAUCGGGCGGCACAAGAAAUGACGAACCUGCUCCGCGUGCAGUCUCUGUGAGAGAUGAGUAUGAUGCGGGCGGUGAAUUUGAAAACCAGCCUGUGAUCAACCCUGAUGUUGUGCGGGAAUCUGACCGACCCUCUGAGGAGCUGCCAGAGGUCGGAACAGCCAGGAAUCUUGCCGAUCGCUUCAAGAACAUCUCUGAAGAAAAGUCCAAGCCAGUUGCCAGUGGGAAACGAGUGUCCCCACCUCGAGCUACAGAGAAGGUGGAAUACGAGAGCCAGCCAACAGAGCAUAUUGAGCAGUACCAAGGUCAGAGUGAGGCUGGUGAGUUUGAGAGCCAACCAAAUGUUCAAUCAGAUGUGGUUCGUUCAGGCGACAAAGGCGAAGAUUACACACCAGAAAAAGGAUCUGCUAAAAACAUCAUGAACAGAUUCAAGGAACAACAGACUGAGUCUAGCCAGUACAAACUUCACGAGAAGAGGGAAAUGACUCCUGACCGUUCAGGAAAGGUGGAAUUUGUCAGUGAGCCUCGUGGACAAAGUAUUCAAUACACAGAAGCACAGUCUGAAUCAGGUGUGUAUGAAAAUGUGCCAAAGGUUGAGGAAGAUGUUGUAAGGUCAGGAGACAAGGCUGAAGAGCCGCUGCCAGAACAGGGCAUGGCAAAAAAUCUGCUGUCAAAGUUCAAGCAGCUGGAGACAGAGGCAGGUAACAAGCCCCCACCAUCUCCACAGAGGGCCGUGUCCCAAGAGAGGAAAGGCAAAGUAGAGGCUAGGGGCUACCUGGAGCGAUAUGAACCAACUGUGGAAUCAGGAGAGUACGAGAACAAGCCAGAAUCAAGACCUGAUGUGAUCAAAUCAGGUGAGGCUCCUCAAGAGGUGUUACCUGAGGUUGGUAUGGCAAAGAAAACCCUAGAGAGGUUUAAGGAAAUUCAGAAGCAGUCUACUUCCCCAGUGUCAGCAAAAAGUAAGGAAUUCACCCCUCCAAGAGAAUCCAGUCCUGGUCGCACUGUUGCUGGUGUGGUGGAGAAUACACCCGAGUCUCACCCUGAUGUUGUCCGCUCCGGUGAUCUUGUACAGGAUGAUCUCCCAGAGCAAGGCUCAGCCAAGAAUAUACUCAACAAAUUUAAGGAAAUUCAAUCUAGUAGUUCACAGUCAAGUUCCCCUGGAAGAAAACAAAAGGAAUUUACCCCACCCCCUGAGGCUGGUGUAUAUGAAAACACACCUCAGAAGCACUUGGAAAUAGAAACAAGACAAUCAGAAAGUGGUAUUAUAGAAAACACACCAGCAAAAUCCACUGCUGACAAUGCAAGGGAAAGGGAAUGUGUUACUCCAGAAUCUGAGCUUCCUGAACAAGGAAUGGCUAAGAAUCUUGUAUCAAAAUGGAAACAGAUUGAAACUACCAGUGCCAAAUCCACAGCAUCAGCAUCUCCUAGGUUCAAAGAGUUUACGCCACCACGUGAAACCCGUGGUCCUAUGAGCCCAAAGUCCCCAGCAGGCACAGUGACUAAUGGAGUUCACCCCAAUGAACUGCCGGGCCAGUACCAGCCACAGACUGCACCCACCACAUACGAAAACGACCCGCAACGCAAUGCGGAUGUGUACCGUGAGGUGGACACUGACUGGGAAGCAGGGAUGCCAGCCCCAAACACGACAGCUUCUAUGCUCUCCCGCUUCAAGGAAAUCCAGCAGAAGGCUGCAGAGGACUCGCAAACCCCAGCACCUGUAACCAGAAAGGAAAGCUCCCCUCCCCGCGAAGAUCCCGAGGACAAGGGAAUGUUCCGAGUUGUCCAAACUGAAAAGUGUUCAGCAUGCGAGAAAACCGUGUAUGCCAUGGAAAAACUUGAGCUCAACGGCCAUGUUUAUCAUAAGAAUUGCUUCAAAUGCUCGCAUUGUAGUGCACGAUUAACCCCAAAAACAUUCAGUAUGAAUGAAGGCGUUAUAUACUGUGUAAACCAUUUCAAGCAGCUUUUUGCACGCAAGGGCAACUAUGACGAGGGAUUUGGUCGACAACAGUACAAGAAAUCCUGGGGGGAGAAAAAGAAGGAAGGUGCUACUGCCUAGAUGUCGUCAUCAUCAUCAUCAUUGCUGCUGCUGUUGCUCACGCUAUUCACAACUUUUAACUUCCAUAUGGACAUUUAUAUAGGCUUUUUCUGUGAAUCUUUUAAGUUAAAGACUUCUUAGUUAUCCUUUUAGAAGGCCAGAACAACAGUCUUAGAUCAUAAAGAUAACUCAAUUUUCCAUGAUGUACAUAUGCAGAUGUUUAUUGCCACAAUUAUAUAAUCAUCUGUUUCAAGGCCAGAUUAAAUGUUGACAAAAUGUAUACCAGUAAUGAUCAAAUCCUCAUGACAGUAAAUGUAUGAUCUCCAUUGCCAAACCUGAUGAAGACAAACUAGGAGGUGAUUCAGUGUUUUAGUCUGCUGCCUUACUUUUGUAGCAUGACAUUUGUAAAUACUUCAGACGUCUGUUUUUGUGAGAAAUAUUGGUUUGAAAGUUUAUGUCGCAUGCUUUGGUAUCUCUGUUUGAUAGUUGUUCUUCUGAUUUAAAUAAUCAUGUAUGAAGAGAUGUGUGCUUGGUACAAAAAAAACCCAACAACAUGCAUAACAUUUUAUUUGUGAAUUGUUAUUUGUAAGGAUUUCCUUUUGAUGUUGAUAUCCUUACUUUUUCGAAUGGAACCUGAUUUUCUGUUCCAGUUUCGUAACAUUAUGACACUAUAAAAUCAUAGGGGUCAGUAUGGGAUGAGAUUCUUUCGAACUACAUGGUAUUACCCAGUAUAUUUUCCUGCUCAUUUCAUAAACAAUGAUAAACCACAUGAUACAGUCUGAAGACCUUUUCCAAUAAGGUCGAUCAUGAAAUAUGUUGAACAAUGAUUGAAUAACUAGAAUUGUGGGAUGAACAUGUAAGCAUUGUUACCAUUGUCUUACCAGCAUCAUGUGUCUAUUUGUUAUUGUAAAAUUGUCUAUUAAAUAGCACAUCAAAAAAUUUAUGAAUGUAUGAGUUGGUUUUAACGGGAUGUCUGUUGCUGUUGUUGUUUUGUAUGAUUAUCAUUGAUGCCAUUACUCAAUAUUGUGCUAUUGCUAUUGCUUUUUAAUUAAUAUUUUGUUUUCCACAAUUAUGUAUAUUAAUUUAUGCAUUUUAUAGCUGUGUAUUUUCUAUUUAUAUUCUUGUAUUAAGUAUUACUGUAUAAAUUAUUACCAUUUCAACACUGUAGUUUGUAUUUAAACAAGAUCAAAAACAUUGUUAGGAGAUUUUUAUUCAUUUGUUUUGUAAGAAAUUUGUAUACUGAUGUUAUUUUGCAAGUUAAAAUUGAACAAAAAUUAGAAGUUGUCAUUUAUUUUGUAGAAUAAAAAGGCAAUAGGUGAGAGUAGACUGUGAGUAACAUGAAAUGUACAGUUAUGUAAAAAAGGGAAACAUUGCAAAAACAGUAAGAAGUCAGUUUGCUUUUUCAGUGCAAAAAAAAUAUUUAUGUAUUUCUAAAAAUGUUUUUACAAAAACAUACAAUAUGAGACAAUGUCAUGCUGAAUGCUGUUACACUUCUUAAAGUAUGUAGUGAACAUUUCUGUGACAUGUUGCACCUUCUCUGUAAUGUUUCAUACGCCAGUUGAAUGUUAUUGUUAUACCAAAGUCUUAAGCAUACACUUCUAAUAUGUUCAUGUGUUUGUACAGGAUAGAUAGUGGUAACAACCAGUAAAAUGUGAUAAUACUAUUAAUUGUGCAAUUAUCUAACUCUAGUUAGCGAAGUAGUUUGCCUCUAUAGAUCAGCGCAACUUACAUUACUUUGAAUACCUUCUCUUAUGUAACAUGUAUGGAGAAUAGUCAAAUGUUUUUUGUAUAUAUCAUAAAAAUGUUGCAACAAUGAAUUGCCAUAAAACAAUUUAAUUGAAUAUUCCAUUUGUGUUAACUGCUAUGCACUUAUUCAGACAUGAAUAAUUAGUUGUCGAUAAGUUUAGUACUAUUUCAUGCAAUUGGUCAAUUUUACCUCAUAAUUCCCAAUACAGCAGAUCAUCUCUCAUUAUUUUGUAUUUAAUUCUUCAUUCAAACUCUUGAGCACAAUGUAAAAGUUAAACAGUUGGAAACUAAAUAUGCUUGUAGCUACUGCAAUGUUCUAGAAUUUAUAGACUCUGCAUCUUUGCAUCAAUAAACUGAACAAAACAUU